CUAUGUCGCUUCUAUUUGCGUUCCAGGACGGAGGUCGGCGAGACUGAGGCCUGACGGAGUCUGCGCAGUUUCUGCUUCUCGGCUGUCUAUACACGUGUGUGCUCAGCUAUGCCAAAGCACCGGAGCUCCCGGGGCCUGGCUCCCCGCCAGGCACCACUGGCAGAGCAAAUCCUGCAAGAUGGGGUUGUCAGGCCCACUUUCCGGGGGAAACGACGAGAACAGGGGACUGCAGGGUCUCACGACGAUGAGUAUGUGGAUGAGAAGCUGUCGCGGAGGAUCCUGGAGCAGGCCCGGCUUCAGCAGGAAGAGCUAGAGGCCGAGCACGGGCCUGGGAGCCAGGUCACCAAGCAAAAGACCACAGUGUUAGGUAAUAAGAGCAAAACUGAUGAUACAGACUCUGAAGAUGAAGAGUGGCCAUCACUGGAGAAGGCUGCUGCCAUGGCUGCAGGUGCCUAUAGUGAGGAAGUGGAGGUGAAUCCUGAGGAUGAGAGAGCCAUUUCAAUGUUCAUGAAUAAAAACCCACCACUGAGGCGCACUCUUGCUGAUAUAAUUAUGGAAAAGAUCACCGAAAAGCAGACGGAAGUAGAAACAGUGAUGUCGGAGGUUUCUGGAAGACCUAUGCCACAGCUAGACCCCAGGGUGCUAGAAGUAUAUAAAGGAGUGAAAGAGGUCUUGUCCACAUACCGUAGUGGUAAGUUGCCGAAAGCCUUCAAGAUCGUCCCAGCUCUAGCAAACUGGGAGCAGAUACUGUACAUUACAGAGCCUGAGACCUGGACUGCUGCAGCAAUGUAUCAGGCCACACGGAUCUUCUCUUCUAACUUACCUGAGCGUAUGGCUCAGCGCUUCUACAACCUGGUUCUACUCCCACGUGUGAGAGAUGACAUUGCAGAGUACAAGCGCCUCAACUUCCACCUUUACAUGGCUCUUAAAAAGGCAUUGUUCAAACCUGGGGCAUGGUUUAAAGGUAUCCUUAUUCCCCUCUGUGAGUCUGGGACCUGCACUCUAAGGGAAGCUGUUAUCAUUGGGAGUAUCCUGACUAAGUGUUCUAUACCUGUUCUACACUCCAGUGCUGCUAUGCUGAAGAUUGCGGAGAUGGAAUAUAAUGGAGCCAACAGUAUAUUCCUCAGGCUGCUGAUAGAUAAGAAGUAUGCUCUUCCCUUUCGGGUGCUUGACGCUCUUAUCUUCCACUUUCUGGCAUUCCGCUCAGACCGUAGAGAGCUUCCAGUGCUUUGGCAUCAAAGUCUUCUUACACUCUGCCAGCGAUAUAAGGAAGAUAUGUCAUCAGAGCAGAAAGAGGCGUUACUGGAGCUGCUGCGAGUUCACACUCACCCACAGAUAUCGAAUGAGAUUCGGCGUGAACUAGCAAACUCCAAAUCCAGAGAUGUAGAGUGUGCAACACCCAUGGGCAUGGACUGAUCCGCACAGUGUUCAGCUAGUGUGACUGUAUGUGAUGGAACUUUGCUAUAACUUUUUGAAAUUGUUGGAAAGCCUUAUCUACUAUAGGUCUUUGUAGAUGAAAUAUCAGUGAAGCAAUUCAGUUGAUGGACAAGUACAGCAUAGCUGUGAAGUAUAGACAAUUGUGCCUUCAUUAUACAAGGAAGCGUCCUUAAUGCAAAAAUAAAUAAAUUAUGACCUAUAUCUCAAA